AAAUCAAAGCAACCUCUUUGUACUGUCAAGUGUGUGUGUGUGUGUGAAUUAAAGACCAGCAGUCCAAAGAGAGAGACAGCUUAAAGAUUGGGAAGUAGGACCCAUGCCGCCAUUAAUAUCCCCUUCUACCAACCUUCCUCUCCUCUCUCUCUCUAAAGUCACUAUAUUGAUUAUAAACCAAUGCUAAAGAUAAGUCAAAUUUAGCUCUUUCUUUUCCUUUGGCUUUUUUUCCCUCUCAGCUUCAAAGAAAGCUCUACAACAAACAGCCAUCAUCUUCUUAUCUUUCCUACCUCCUGACUUUUCUUGAAAAGAAAAAAGUAGAGGUGGGAGAAAGAGAAGUUUGUUGAAGAAGAAGGGAAGCUCAAAAGGGGUGAUUUUAUUUUUUUCUAAUGGGGAUUUGUUUGAGUGCUAGAAUUAAAGCUGAAAGCCCAUUUCAUACAGGGCUAAAUUCAAGAUCUGCUAGUACAGAUGGAUAUGAUAGCAAUCCAAGCUCGAGGGUCUCAACCGUGCCACUGGCUCCAAGAAGUGAAGGAGAGAUACUGCAGUCUGCCAAUUUGAAGAGCUUUAGUUUCUCUGAUCUCAAAACGGCCACUAGGAAUUUUCGUCCCGAUAGUGUACUGGGAGAAGGUGGAUUUGGCUCGGUUUUCAAAGGGUGGAUCGACGAGAACACGUUUGCAGCUACCAAGCCCGGGACAGGUGUGAUCAUUGCUGUGAAAAGGCUAAAUCAAGAAGGUUUUCAAGGUCACAGGGAAUGGCUGGCAGAAGUAAACUAUUUGGGACAGUUUUCUCAUCCUCAUCUCGUAAAGUUGAUCGGGUAUUGCUUGGAGGAUGAACACCGGCUUUUGGUUUAUGAGUUCAUGCCUCGGGGCAGCUUGGAAAACCAUUUGUUCAGAAGAGGUUCUUAUUUCCAGCCUCUAUCUUGGAACCUGCGAUUGAAGGUUGCUCUUGGAGCUGCAAAGGGGCUUGCUUUUCUCCAUAGUGCUGAAACAAAAGUGAUAUAUCGAGACUUCAAGACCUCGAAUAUUUUGCUUGAUUCAAAUUACACUGCCAAGCUCUCAGACUUUGGAUUGGCAAAGGAUGGACCGACAGGUGAUAAAAGCCACGUCUCUACAAGGGUUAUGGGGACCUAUGGAUAUGCAGCUCCAGAAUACAUGGCAACUGGUCAUUUAACUAGCAAGAGUGAUGUGUAUAGUUUUGGAGUUGUCCUCCUCGAAAUGCUGUCUGGUCGUAGGGCAAUCGACAAGAAUAGACCAUCUGGAGAACAUAACCUAGUGGAGUGGGCUAAACCUUACCUAGGCAACAAACGUAAGGUCUUCCGUGUUCUGGAUACCCGUCUUGAAGGCCAGUAUUCAAUGGACGUGGCGAGUAAAGUAGCUAACCUUGCAUUGCGGUGCCUAUCCAAAGAUCCUCGGUUUAGAUCAAGCAUGAGUGACAUUGUUAAAGAACUAGAGCAACUUUAUCAACAAUCUAAAGAUGCAGGUAAUACUCGCAGCCACGGUAACAACCGGCCUAGACCACGUAGACGGAGUGCUGGUGAUGUUGGUAAUAAACAUGCUUCAGUUGCUUAUCCAAGACCUUCUGCUUCACCCCUUUAUGCUAAAUAAUUCUAAGAAAUGAUUGGAAGAUGCCUUUUUCAUGUUGUCUUUAUGUUUUUUCAAGCUUGAAAAGUAGUUGAGGCUGCUGAAGAACCUGCACAUUUGCAGAAUCAGCUGAUUGUAUAGUUGUUUUGGUUAAAUGUAUUGAAUGUGUUUGUAACAUGAGGAUUGCUCACAGGUCACAAGAUUUUUUUUUUUAACACACAGUAUGGGGGUGCUAAGUGCUAUUGCAUAGUUGAUAUUGACAAAUCUUUUUUCUUGAUGAAAAGUUCUUACCUUUUCACAGUCAA